AUGUCUGAAGUACUCCCUGAUACUAAUACUCCGGUCCAGACUCCAUCCUCCGACAAUAACUUCUUCCACAAGUCUGACGACGAUUCUACCGUGAUUCACAAGUCUCACCCCACCAAGGGCGCGGAGCCUGACAAACCACUUUCGCCUCCCAACCCAUCCCCCAGCCCUGAGAAACACAAGUUGGACGAUGAUGACGACCACGAAGUCAAGAGAGUAAAAAUCGACGAAGACCCCGCGCCUCUCCUGCAGCCAGACCCCGAACCCCAACAUGACCCCUCCAUCCACGGCCAGCCCCCAGCUGCCAGCUCCAUCCAAUUUUCUGAACCAGCACCAAGACCUCCCCAAGAGCCUGACAUGGACAACCUCCCCGAGAACCCCAUUCCUCCCCAUCAGACCAAGUUUGCCCUCAACACCAUAAAAGCAAUCAAGAGACUCAGGGAUGCUAACCCUUUCUUGCAUCCCGUGGACAUCGUCAAGCUCAACAUCCCCUUCUACUACAACCACAUCCCAAGACCUAUGGACUUGUCCACCAUCGAGAGAAAGAUCAACUUGAAUGCUUACGAAGAUGCUCACCAAAUCGUUGAAGACUUCAACUUAAUGGUGGCGAACUGUAAGAAGUUCAAUGGUGAGGCGGCUGGUAUUUCGAAGAUGGCCGACAAUAUACAGGCCCAUUUCGAAAAGCACAUGCUCAACUUCCCCCCUAAGGUUCUUCCUUCUAAUGCAACCAUCAAGAAGGGUGGCAACAAAGCUGCAGGCGGCUCUCCACUGUCAGCCUCAUCAGUACCUGUGACUUCCAAAAGAAAGGCUGCUGUAGAUUCUGAGUUUUCCAAGCGUGAUUCAGUGGCUGCCCAAAGGCCAAAAAGAACCAUUCAUCCACCAAAGUCCAAGGAGUUGCCUUACGAUGUCAGGCCCCGCAAGAAAAAGUAUGCCACCGAAUUGAGAUUCUGUAGUCAGACUGUGAAAGAACUUAUGUCAAAGAAGCAUAUCAAUUAUAACUUUCCUUUCUUGGCACCUGUGGACACGGUAGCCUUGAACAUCCCUAACUAUGGUGAAAUUGUCAAAGAACCAAUGGAUUUAGGCACAAUUCAUACCAAGCUUGCUAACAACCAAUAUGAGAAUGGUGACGAAUUUGCUAGAGAUGUUCGUUUGGUAUUCCACAACUGUUAUGCAUUCAACCCGGAAGGAACAGAUGUCAAUAUGAUGGGUCAUCGUUUGGAAGCCAUUUUCGAAAAGAAAUGGGCAAACAGACCAAUCCCAGAGCCAACCCCAGCAAACUCUGAUUAUGAUUCUAGUGAAGGUGAAUAUGAUGACGAUGAUAAUGAGCCAGAAAUUAAUGAAGCUAUGUUAUCGGAAGUUCCAGCUAUCCAGUUUUUGGAAAACCAAUUGAUAAGAAUGAAAAAAGAAUUAGAUGAGUUGAAGAAGGAACACUUGAAGAAAUUGCGGGAGCAACAAGCUGCAAGAAAGAAGAAGAAGAGAGCUAAGAAGGUUUCCAGAAGAAAGAACUCGGUGGUCAGUGGUAGUAUCGGCACCAGUGGACCCGUUGUGACUUAUGAAAUGAAGAAACAGGUCAGUGAAAUGGUUCCAAAUCUUUCAGACAAGAAAUUGCAAUCGCUCAUCAAGAUCAUCAAGGAUGAUGUUGAGAUCAACAAUGAAGAUGAAGUCGAAUUGGACAUGGAUAUGUUGGAAGACAGAACCGUGUUGAAGUUGCACAACUUCCUCUUUGGUAAGAAAGCAGCAGCCAGUAUGGCCAAGAAAAAGAAGAAGCCAAUCUUGGGAACUGCCGACGACGAAUUGGCUCACUUGAGAAGUCAGCUUGCGUUGUUUGACGAAGACCAAGGUGGAAGUGCCAGUGCUGCUUUCAUGAAUAUUGGCAACGAUCAGGAGUCCUCGGAAGAUGAUGUUUCAUCUGAAAGUUCCGAGGAGGAAUGA